AGGUAUCUCAGUCCGCAAGUCAGGCGUCUGGUCCGUCCUCCUCAAAAGAAAUGCCCAGGGCCCCGCGGAAUCAUUCGAAGACUUACAAGGUCCCUCGUCGACCUUUCGAAUCAGCUCGUCUCGAUGCCGAGCUGAAGCUUGCCGGUGAAUACGGUCUGCGCAACAAGCGCGAGAUCUGGCGUAUCGCCCUUAUCCUGUCCAAAAUCCGUCGUGCUGCCCGUGAGCUCCUUAAGCUCGAUGAGAAGGACCCCAAGCGUCUUUUCGAGGGUAACGCCCUUAUUCGUCGGCUGGUUCGCAUCGGUGUGCUGGACGAGACCCGCAUGAGGCUCGAUUACGUGCUGGCCUUGAAGAUCGAGGAUUUCUUGGAGAGACGGUUGCAGACGCAGGUCUUCAAGAGUGGUUUGGCGAAGUCCAUCCACCACGCUCGUGUUCUUAUCAGGCAACGGCACAUCCGCGUCGGCAAGCAGAUUGUCAACGUCCCAUCAUUCGUCGUCCGUCUUGACUCCCAAAAGCACAUCGAUUUUGCUCUCACUUCUCCCUACGGUGGAGGCCGCCCCGGUCGUGUCAAGCGCAAGCGCGCUCUCGCUGCUCAGAAGAAGGAAGAGGGUGGCGAGGAGGAGGAAGAGGAGUAAACGCUCCCUUUCACAUCGUAGUUUUAGGUCAUGUAGAUCUUAUGAUCGAUAUUUCUAUGCUUAUGACCUUCCAUGUACAUUCGACCUCGUCUGGUCUUCCAGCUCAAGCCUAGCAGGUGCUAUCAAUUGGGUCCACCGCGAGCCUCUAUCAUGAUUACACGACGGCCAUUAUAAAAACAAAUCGAUGAU